AUGGAAAAACGAGUCUCAACCAUAAGAAAACGAACUCUCAAAACCACAGAAAACGAGCCUCCAAACCAUAGAAACGAGCCUCAAAACAACAGAAAACGAGCCUCAAACCCACAGAAAACGAGCCUCAAAACCAUAGAAAACGAGCCUCAAAACCAUAAAAAACGAGCCUCAAAACCACAGAAAACGAGCCUCAAAACCACAGGAAAACGAGCCUCAAAACACAGAAACGAGCCUAAAGUCACAGAAAACGAGCCUCGACCACAGAAAACGGAGCGCCCGCCCCUGCUUGCGAUCCGGGCGCCCAAUACCGCAGGCAUGAACUCCUCCAAAGCACUCCACAAAGAAAACGAGCUCUCAGAAAAACGAACUCAAAAACCACAGAAAACGAGCCUCAAACAGAAACGAGCCUCAAACCCAGAAAAGAACCUCAAAACCACAGAAAACGAGCCCAAAGGCAUAAAACCACAGAAAACCGAAAACGAGCCUCAAACACAGAAAACGACCUCAAAACCACAGAAAAACGGCCUCAAAAACCAAAACCAUAGAAAACGAGCCUCAAAACCACAGAAAACGAACCUCAAAACCAUAGAAAACGAGCCUCAAAACCACAGAAAACGGGCCUCAAAACCACAGAAAACGAGCCUCAUAACCACAAGAAAAACGGGCUCAAAACCAUAG